CCAUUUGAUUAACAUAUUUCACUGAUGAGGGGGAUUGUUUAGAUUUUAGGUUUUAAAAAUAAAAUAAAUGGUUGCCCGACAUAAUGAUCCUCUCGCUUAGAACAAAGUAAACCAGAAACGCUAAACUGGGAAUUUGUAAUGGAGAAAGCAAAAGAGAUGUUGGAAGUGAGUAAGGAUGAAUCACAAAUUGUAUCCAAACUUGCUGUUCAUCCUCACCGUCCUAACCUCGAUUUCAGCUUCUAUGAAGACUUCACCUUACGCGGUAUUCGAGUCGACCGAGUUGAAUCCCAACUCGUCGUCUGUUCGUUCAAAGUUCCUCCUCGACUCACUGAUAGGAAUGGAAACUUGGGUUCCGGCGCAAUUGCAAACCUUGUUGAUGAGAUUGGUGCUGUGGUGAUUUACAGAGAAGGACUCCCUAUGAACGUAUCUGUCACCAUGUCUAUCUCCUAUGUGUCAACUGCCAAAGUUGAUGAUGAGCUUGAAGUAACCUCAAAGCUUUUGGGGCGGAAGGGGUCUAUUUUUGGAACCAUUGUCGUGCUCAAGAAUAAAGCUACUGGAGAAACUAUUGCUGAAGGCCGACAUUCCCUUUUUAGCAAACAUGCUAGCAAAAUUUGAUUGGAAAAUUCUGUAUGUCCUUUCAUGGAAACGAAGUUUGAUAUGGUAAUGAGCAAUAGCCUCUAUGGAGAGUUGGAGACUCUAGGAAGAGAAAACUGCCAUGUCAAGUAUUGAUUUGGCAAGUGGUUAGCAUGUAGAUGAUUGUUCUGGUAAAUUGAACCUUCUUUUAGUUCAUUUACUAGACAACCAAAUAUUUAUAUGCCCUGUAUUGGCGAAACACCAUUUUUCUACGUUUAGUAGAUCAUUAUAUUGAUUUACACGUUGUAAAUGAGUAAAUGGUGAACUACAAUUGAUAUAUACAAGAAACCUUUUGUAUC